GGUUCGUCAUUGCUUUGCUCGGCGUCCGGCCUUGCCUGAUUCGAGAGCUCUCUACUUAAGCGGUGGUGAUGGUAUUCUCCUUUUCUAUUUGAUGUCCAAGCAUCCCUAAGAGUAUCCUUUGAGCUAUCACAUAUUGUCCUAUUCGCUCACAGGCAUCUGAUAAGUUGAGACAGGAUGAUAUCACGGCAUUUGGCAAGAGCACCCCGAUUACACCCUUUCUACCCCUCCAGUCACCUCCGACAAUACCGAAACCUCUCCCCCUCAACGACACCACCCAACGACAGCAAUGACCCAAAUGCCAAACUUCCCCCUCCAUCCCCAGACUUCGAUGAGCCAGACUUGGACCUAUCCUCCUACGCCCACCUCCCCCGCAACUUUGGCACAAACCAGCACAUGCACGUCGACGAUGCCCUUAAAGAUCGCCUCCGCUCCCUCCUCUGGCAAUUCCGUGCACCGGUGCGCUACGCAUUCGCCUACGGCUCCGGCGUGUUCUCCCAGGGUAGUAAGUUUGGUGGCGGUAGUGGUAGCGUAGCCGGAGGAAGGAAGCCAAUGAUAGACCUAAUAUUUGGCGUGACUUACACACAACACUGGCACUCUUUAAACCUCGCGCAGCACAGAGAUCACUAUUCAUUCCUGGGCGGAAUGGGAAGCGCGGUCAUCAGUCAUAUUCAAGACGACUUUGGGUCUGGGGUGUAUUUCAACCCUUACGUCGAUGUCGGCGGCACGCUAGUAAAAUACGGUGUGGUAAACCUCGCAACCCUAAUCCACGACCUGCAAACCUGGAACACCCUCUACCUGGCGGGGCGCCUCCAAAAACCGGUAAAAAUCCUCCGCGAUGAUCCGCAAGUGCGCCUGGCAAACCAGCACAACCUGCUAUCGGCAAUCCGCACAGCACUUCUGCUCCUCCCAGAGAAAUUCACAGAACACGAUCUGUACACUACGAUAGCCGGGAUCUCCUAUACCGGCGACCCGAGGAUGAAGCUAUACUCAGAAAACCCGCACAAGGUGAACAACAUUGUCCGCAACCAACUCCCGCACUUCCGCCGUCUCUAUUCUCCGCUCGUAGAACAAUUGCCCAACGUACAAUUCUUGAGCCAGGGCGUAACAUGGAAUGACCCAGCGGAACACAUCAUGCUGGAACAAGACAUGAACCCCCAACGUCGCGCAAAUAUAAUCCGCCGUCUCCCGAAAUCCUUCAGGGAGAAAGUGUACUUCCAGUACCAGCGCAAGUUCGCCAUCCCAGCACUCGACUUCGAAAAAAUGGUUGGCCGAAGUGCUGAUGAGGAACGCAUGCUGAGGCGGGAAGGCGGCGAGUUUGAGCGCAGGAUUGCGGGGGAUUUGGAUAACGUUGGGAAGGUUGUCAACGGCGUUAUUAAGGCAACCAUUAGAUGGCCGAGCACUGUUCAGAGCCUUAAGGGUAUAAUGACUGCCGGGCCACUGAGGAGUUGGAGGUAUUUGAAGGAGAAGAUGGGGAAGUGGUCUACUGCUAGGAAGAGUGUGGGUGGUAUGAGGCGGAAGUAAAGGGGGGGAGGAAGGGAAGUAUCAUAUAUAUUGAUGGGGGGUUAUGACGAUGAAUACCAGAAAUGUCUUGGUUAAGUUAGUCGUUGUACCGGUAUGACCGGAUCCUUGGCCCCCUUUUUUCUUUUCUUUUUUCUUAUUCCCUCCGUUUAAGCGCUGGGUGGGGGAUGAUUUGGGAGCCUUUUAGAGUUUCAUUUCCCUCAGUAUCAUCAGGCAGUGCUAGUCUACUUGCUUGCUUGCUUGUUUUUUGUACAUUUAUUCGGGUACGCUAGAUUGUGUGUAGAAUGAGCAGUAUUAUG